CCGUUCCGCUGCGCUCGGCCAUGGCCAAGGACCAGCUGAAGCCGCGGCUGUGCCGCAUGUUGAAAGGGGAGAGCGGCUACGGCUUCCACCUGCACGGCGAGAAGGGCAAGAGCGGGCAGUUCAUCCGGAAAGUGGAACCCGGUUCGCCGGCCGAGGCGGCGGGGCUGCGCGCCGGGGACCGGGUGGUCGAGGUGAACGGGCUCAACGUGGAGCAGGAGACGCACCACCAGGUUGUGCAGCGCAUCAAAGCCGUGGAGACGGAGACCCGCUUGCUUGUGGUGGACAAGGAGACGGACGAGUACCUGUGCAGCCUGCGCCUGACGUGCACGGAGGAGAUGGUGCACGGUGGGAUCCUGCUGAACUCCGGCGUCUCGCCCACCAAGUCGGUGGGCAGCGACAACGGGGAGGUCUGGAAGCCGCAGCUGGAUCUGAGUGGGGGCAGCCUCCAGCGGCAUUCGCACAGCUUCUCCUCGCACGGCAGCAGGAAGGAUCUAAACGGACAGAAGGAGCUGUGCCCACGUCUCUGCCACCUGAAGAAAGGCCCCAAUGGCUACGGCUUCAACCUGCACAGUGAGAAGUCCCGGCCAGGGCAGUUCAUCCGCUCGGUCGACCCCGACUCACCAGCCUCCAGAGCUGGGCUGCGGCCCCAGGACCGGCUGGUGGAGGUGAACGGCAUAAAUGUGGAGGGCCUGCGGCACUCGGAGGUGGUGUCCCACAUUAAGUCCAGGGAGAACGAAGCCAGGCUCCUGGUGGUGGACCCCGAAACAGAUGAUUACUUCAAGAAGCUGGGGGUGACCCCCACGGAGGAGCACACCAAAGGUGUGGUACCUCAGCCCAUGACAAACGGAUCCGCACAGACUCAGCUGAAUGGAGGAUCCACAUCUUCAUCUCACAGUGACCUUCAAAGUCCUGGGAAGGAAUCAGAGGAUGGAGACGUUGAGAAGAAAGACCCAUUUGAGGAGAGUGGGCUGACCCUGAGCCCAACGGCUGCUGAGGCCAAGGAGAAGGUGCGGGCCAAGCGGGUGAAGAAGAGGGCUCCGCAGAUGGACUGGAACAAGAAGCGAGAGAUUUUCAGCAAUUUUUGAGCCUUGCUGGUGGCUGCCGUCCGCCGUUCUCCUGCCCCUGCCCCAGCUCGGACGUUUCUGAGGUGCCUACGCCCUGUCCUUCAGUGUCCAUGUGAGAUGCUUUGUGCUCUGCUCUUCACUGGUUGCUUUUACAAGGCGUAUUUUAAAGUCUUUUUUUUUUUUAUUUUUUAUUAUUAUUAUUAUUGUUACUCACCAGCAAUUCUCAUAAGACAAAUGUGACCAAAGCUCCUUUUCUUGCUUGCUCUUCAGCCCAGUUCUGGCUGCCUGCCGUCCCCCCUUCCUAUGAGAAAGGACUGGAAGAGUUUAACUCUUGUUUCUUACCUGCAGCAGUUAGGCUUCUAUUUCCUUUUUUUUUUUUUUUUUAAUUUGGAGUGUUUGUUUUGGUUUUGCUGGUGUCCCAGGCUGAGCCCCAUGGGAUGCUCUGUGCCCCUGUGCAAACGUCUUACGGCCUCGUGCCCCCGCCGUGGUGGGGGCCUGCAGGGUGGGGUAUACCUGGCACCCCCUCCCCAGCACCCCAUCUUCAGCGUUAACUACUCACAGGAUGGGAAAACGGACAGUGGCUGUAAAUCGCUCUUGGUGGCUUUGCUAUUGAAAAGAAAACAUUUGUUUUGUUGUUGGUUUUUUUUUUUUUUUAAUGAAGUCCCAUAUGUUUCCAGUUAGUUUAGGAACCUCCCUCCCCACCAGUGACUUCUGCCCUGGCAAUAAAAGCCCCUUUUUCAUCCCCGACAGCUCUGCAGAGGGGAGAGGGCGGGAUUUAAAAACAAAACCCAAACCCAACAGCCUAAACGCCACAGGCCUCACCGUUUGCAGCCGUCGAUGCAGCACCGAGCAGCAGGGGAAGGCAGGGAGCGGGGCCAGUCCUGCCCCGCGGUGCGAGGAGCGGUGCUGCCGGCCCGGCUCCGGCAGCCUUGCGAGAAGACAAGAGCCACGAGAUGCUACAAAAACUCUUUGGACAGACUUGAAAGCCAGCACGACCCAGCAUCUGUUUCCAGGGAGGAACGCGGGGAUGUGGCUCUAGCUGCGGGCUUGGUGCUGGGGAAGUGGGGCUCAGCUGUGGCCGUGCCUGGGCGCUGGGUCCCGGAGCAGGGUCCGGGUCCCACCUGGUUUGUUACUUCUGGGCUGGUGUUUGAUGCGUAACUGAGUCUCGGUCUCGCUGUCAGUAGGGCACUCUCGAAGCCGUGGGGUCUCCGUGGGGCUGGCUCCGAAGCAGGCGGUGGUGUGAUGGAGUGGGCGGUUGCUUAUGGCCUCCUUUGAAAACACCCUGCUUUUGGUAUUACAGCGUCAAAAAUGUACCUUUAAAGCAUUACAAAUUAAGCCCAUUUAAGCUCUUUAUUACUUGCCUUUGGCUGUAAACGAGGGAAAAUGACUAGUCUGAACUACAGCACUCUCGGAGGUUGCAGACAGAGGUGUUUUACCAGGGCAGGGUCCUGGCUGUGAUGGGGCCGGUUCCUUCCUUCCCACGCUCCAGCAGCUCCCCGAGCCCAGCCACAGCGGCUGCCCAGUAUUUCAGCUCAAAUGCCAAGGGAGCAGUGGGAAGGGACUGGGCACAGCAGGACAGUCGAGUACAAAACCGCUUUCCCCAGGUAAAAGCAAAUGGCAGCAAUCACUUGGACAUCGAUGACCGUUUUAAAACACACGGCUGUGAUUUUGCUCUGCAUUACUCCAGCACUGCUGUGUUCCAAGCCCGUGGCCUUUGGGUUAGUCAGUGCGCUACGGAUAUCGUAACGGCUCUGUGUAUUUCCCAAGUAUUGAGCUAAAAGGUGCCUUAUAACAUUUACUGCUCUCCUCUGCAGUGGGUUGGGGCUCAGCACAGCGCUGAGUCGGUGCGGGGCAGGGGGACCGCGGCAGCGGAGCCAGGACAUAGGGCUUCACCGUGGGGAGCAGCUGAUGCCCAUGGCUGUUAGCUGGCUGGCAGGAGAGCAUGGAGAGCCUCAGGGGUGAAGGAGAUGAGUUCUCUUGUACAGAAGUUAUCUUUUAGGAAUGUUGAUGGGCUGAACAGGUUGAAAAUAAUGACUUUGGAGAGGAACUGGUGCAGGUGUUUGGCUAUUGGUAAUGAGACUGGCAGCAGGAUGAUGGCUCAGGAUGCGGAGAGGUUUGCCUCCCCUCCAGGACUCUGCUAUUAACAAGACGCCUCUUCCCUACCCCACUUCAAAGACAAUUACCUGCUCUCUUUUUGGCCCUCCAAAUAUUUGCUUCUAUAAAUCGGUAAUCUUUUGAAGGAGCCCUUCUUUUUCAUGGUAUGCACAUUGCUUCCCGUGCCUGCGUAGCCAAACCCCAAGCAGUGCCCUGGUCUGCACAGGGCAAAGUGUUCCCCAUUACACUGACCUAAAUGUCACGCUCUCCGAUGCAUGUCAGAGAGCAAAGACCUGUUUGUGAAUACCGCAUUUCUUGUACAAGACUGGACCACUGUAGUUGAGGGGGGAAGAAAAAAGAAAAUGUAGUUUUGAAUGCAGAUCAAAAGAAAUCAGGUGUGCAAAUCUGUACUGAUAAGAUUUUAAAAUCUUAAUCUCUGCUUAGUCCGUGGAAACUGCUCCUGGUUAAAGCACUUGCUGUAUUUCUGACAUCUUGUAGCUCAGUAGUAAUUAUUCAGUUCCUGUACAUUUAACUUGGAAAAAAAUCAAUAAAGUAUAAGGCUGUCAGCUGCAUUGUAAAAACAUAAUGUACACUGUAACGUCAGUAAUAAACUUCGUUUUCCCAUGUACUGAGUACUUA